AUCCAUGUUCAAAAAGAAACGAAUAACAAGUUAAAAGAAGAAUAAAGAAAAAUGUGAAGACAAAAGAAGCUUUUACCCAAGCAUCACAGCUAAUUUCCCUCCUAAUAUGGCAGAUAGACAAAUAAAAUAUGCAUGCCUCCCCCUCCUUUAUAACCUAUUCCCCCUUCCUCUGCUAAAUAAACCCAGCAGAGUCAGCAUCUGCAUAUAAAUCUCACACCCAUCCCCUCCUCCUUCAAUCAAUCCUACAAACAUGGUGAAAAACAUCACCCCUCUGGUCUGCCUCUCAGUCUUGCUUAUGGACGUCGUGGCCGGGAUACUUGGCAUCCAAGCUGAAAUUGCUCAAAACAAGGUGAAGCACUUGAAGGUGUGGAUCUUUGAGUGUAGAGACCCAAGCUACCAAGCCUUCAAACUGGGGUUGGCUGCUGCUGUGCUUCUAGCAGUUGCCCAUAUCAUUGGCAACUUGCUUGGUGGGUGCAUUUGCUUCUGGUCCAGGGAAGAUUAUACCAAAGCCACAGCAAAUAGGCAAUUAUCUGCUGCUUCCCUCAUUUUGUCAUGGAUCACAUUGGCUGUGGGAUUCUCACUGCUGAUGGCAGGGGCUUUUUCUAACUCAAAAUCAAGAAAAUCAUGCGGAUUAUCACACCAUCGCAUUCUGUCCAUCGGAGGCAUCUUAUGCUUCUUCCAUGGAUUGUUCAUGAUAGCAUAUUACGUCUCAGCCAAGGCCACCAUCAUAGAACAAAACAGAUCCCAACAAAAACAAAACCCUUCUGGUGCAGUUUAAUUCACUAAAGUUUCCAAAUUUCCCAAUUGGGAAUUCAAGAGUGUUUAUUUGCAACUCACAGCAUUUUUGUUUGCGCCAUUAUUUUAUCGGUUCGCAACUGUAAUUUGAAAAUUCCGAGUGGAAAUUUGAUAUCAUGGGAGUUGGAUAAGAAAAUAAAUAAACGAUUGGAACACAAUUUGUUUCUUUAAGUAGAUCGAAUAUAAAAUUCAUAACAACAA